GUUUGGACGUAACGCGGAAGUAAAUACGCUCUGUUUUGCUUUCUCUCUCAUGCACCUGUGACAGCGGUCAGAUCCUGGUCGAAAGUGGACAGAGUUGGAGGUUAAAGUAGAAUAAUGUCGGAGAAAGAAUCUCCGGUGGCUCGCACGGUGCUGCAGCAGUGUCUCCGGGCCUCGUUGAUGGUCAAACCUGCCGAGGAGGGCUCUGAGGCGGAGUACGUGCAGAUCGAUAGAGGAAUGGUGAUCUACAUUUGUUUCUUCAAAGGAGCCACUGAUGAAAUUCUGCCAAAGAUGGUGUCGACUCUGCUGAACCUGCGCCUCAGUGAGUCGUCCUCAGGGAAGAUUGUGUCCAUUUUGGAUCUUCCCGGGAGUUUACUGAUCGUUCCACAGGCGACUUUGGGAGGAAAAGCCAAAGGAAAAGCCAUGCAAUAUCACAAUAACAUCAACAAAGAAGAUGGACUCCGGUUGUAUGAGGCGUUUGUGGCACUGUGCGAAAAAGAACUUGAAGCAAAAGAAAAUGUUGUAAUCAAACAUGGGACGUACGGGAACAGACAGGUGCUUAAACUAGACACAAAUGGGCCCUAUACGCACAUGAUGGAGUUUUGAUUGGAGAGAAGUUUAUUUUUUAUUUUUUUAUUUAAAUUUAACCACUGACAUAAUGCAUUUUUCAUGGGAGUCCUGGCACAGAUCAAACAGUAUUUAGACAAUCACAAGAAUUAGUUUGUCAAAGGGCCAUUAUUACACUAUUUUCUGAUCUCUGUUGUAAUGUUGUUUCCUCAUUACAGAUUUACCUGGAGUUAUGUUGUGGCUCAUUCACACAUGUUUAACACACGAACUGAACUGAGUUCUUCUCUUAGACAGAAAACUCUCUGUUCCAGCCCGGAAUUGCCAAUCUCUACUGAACUGAAGAUAAAAGAUACCUGUUAAAUUGAAAACUACCGCUUCAUGACAUCACAAGGUACAACAGAGCAUUUAGUGCUUUGGAGAUGUAGAGAGAUUAAUAAUAAAGAGUUACCCAAGCAUUUGUUAAUGAAACAAAACACAUCUCCAGGUAUGUUUUUGAUGAAGUAAUAACAUUCCAGCAUGAUUUAAAGCUCACAAGAGUCAAUUUGGGGUAAUAUAGGACAGUAUUGAACCAUGGAUCACAUUUUUAAACCUUUCAGCAUUAAUAUAAACUGAUUUAUUGAGACCUGUUCGUUUAGUUUCCAGUCCUUUUGUAAAUGAUUCCAGAUUGUCAUUGCAAAAUACUGAAAUGCUACUUCACGAGUUUCUGUCUACACACUUUGUACAGAAAGUAGCUCUGAGUCUUGAGAUUGUCUAAAAGGAAUGGGAAGCUAAUAAUAAAAUAUUGGUUUUGGUGAUUUU